GGAAUCAGGAAGAAAAGACAAAUGGCAUAGGCAGGAGGAACGAUAGCGGGACAGCUGACUGGAGGGACAGAAUGUGUGCAUUUUUUCAUGUUGAAUCGAGAAAACGCUACAGCUGAAGUAGAAGCAAGCUGCCUUGGAAGCUGUCGCUAAGUUACCGCCUACCACUUACAGUAGCGACUACCAACCAAUCACACGUUUCGCUUCUGCGCAUGCGUCCUGCACCAUUCUGCGCUUCCUGAGCCAUCAACAAAGAUGGCGGCGCCCGUGGGGCCGGUACGGUUCUGGAAGCCGGGCACUGAAGGCCCAGGCGCCACCAUUGCUGAAGAGAGGCAGAGUAAUUUUGAGGUCUCCUCUGUCAUCUACAACCCACAUGCCUCUCUCUCCAUAGAGCAUCAGAGACAGAAGCUGCCUGUGUUUAAGCUGAGAAAUCACAUCCUGUACCUAGUGGAGAAUUACCAGACUGUGGUGAUUAUUGGAGAGACAGGGUGUGGGAAAAGCACCCAGAUACCGCAGUACCUGACAGAGGCCGGAUGGACAGCAGAAGGACGAGUAGUGGGGGUUACCCAGCCACGUAGGGUAGCAGCAGUUUCGGUAGCCGGACGUGUGGCGGAAGAGCGUGGAGCUGUGCUGGGGCAUGAGGUUGGCUAUUGCAUACGCUUUGACGACUGUACUGAUCCACAAGCCACACGUAUCAAGUUUUUGACAGAUGGGAUGCUUGUUAGAGAAAUGAUGUCGGAUCCUCUGCUUACUCGAUACAGCGUGCUGAUGUUAGAUGAAGCCCAUGAGCGCACUCUCUACACAGACAUUGCCAUUGGCCUACUGAAGAAGGUUCAGAAGAAAAGAGGGGACCUUCGCCUUGUGGUGGCAUCUGCAACACUUGAUGCCGAGAAAUUCAAGGCAUUCUUUAACCAGAAUGACACCAACGACCCCAGCAGGGACACGUGUGCCAUCCUUACAGUUGAGGGGAGGACGUUUCCUGUGGACAUUUUCUAUACACAGAGCCCUGUCCCAGAUUACUUGAAGUCCACAGUGCAGACGGUGAUGAAGAUUCACCAGAGUGACCUGGAAGGGGACAUUCUGGCCUUUCUAACUGGUCAAGAGGAAGUGGAGAGUGUGGUGUCCAUGCUUGUAGAACAGGCCCGCAUCCUCUCUCGCUCUGGCAUGAAGAAGCAUCUGCGGGUCCUGCCCAUGUAUGCAGGACUCCCAACCUCUGAGCAAAUGAAGGUGUUCGAGAGGGUCUCCCACAGUGCCAGGAAGGUGGUGGUUGCGACGAACAUUGCAGAGGCUUCCAUUACUAUAAACGGGAUCUCCUUUGUGAUAGACUGUGGUUUUGUCAAGUUGCGGGCAUAUGACCCCAAGCGUGCCGUGGAGUCCCUGGUGGUGGUUCCCGUAUCACAGGCUUCAGCCAAUCAGAGAGCAGGACGCAGUGGCAGGAACCGCUCUGGGCAGUGCUACCGACUGUACACAGAGGAAGAUUUUCUCAAGCUGCCUCCUUCCACAGUACCAGAGAUGCAGAGAAGCAACCUCGCUCCAGUCAUCUUGCAGCUUAAAGCGCUUGGCAUAGACAAUGUGCUACGCUUUCACUUCCUUUCGCCGCCACCUGCACAGUCAAUGGUUCAGGCCUUGGAGCUGCUGUAUGCAUUAGGAGGUCUGGAUAAGCAUUGCCGACUAACCGAGCCUCUUGGAGUGCGAAUGGCUGAAUUUCCUCUUAACCCAAUGUUUGCCAAGAUGCUACUUGAGUCUGGGAAUUUUGGUUGUUCGGCUGAGAUCCUAAGCAUUGCGGCGAUGAUGCAGAUUCAGAAUAUCUUUGUCGUCCCACCGAACCAGAAAUCACAGGCAAUACGAGAGCACCGGAAAUUUGCCGUGGAGGAAGGCGAUCACCUUACCAUGCUGAAUGUGUUUGAAGCUUUCAUCAAAUUUAACAAGAGCUCUCACUGGUGUCAGCAGCGUUUCCUGAACUACAAGGGGCUCAUGAGAGCAGUUACCGUCAGGGAGCAGUUGAAGAAGCUUCUGAGCAAGUUCAAAGUUCCUAAGAACUCCAGUGAAGGGGAUCCGGACCCCAUCCUGCGGUGCAUUGUGUCUGGGUUCUUUGCUAAUGCUGCCAAGCUCCACUCCACUGGAGUCUACAGGACAGUGCGAGAUGGUCAUGAACUAUACAUUCAUCCCACGUCAGUGCUGUAUGCAGAGAAGCCUCCAAACUGGGUGCUCUUCAGUGAGGUGGUUCAGACCAAUAAAUAUUACAUGCGAGAUGUGACAGCCGUGGAGUCAGCAUGGCUUUUGGAGCUGGCACCGCACUUCUACCAGCAGGGGACGCACCUCUCUCGAACAUCCAAACGGGCUAAAAUAGACAACUUGUGAGUCCCACCAUCCCUUUGCACAGUCCUCCCAAUGGAGAGGCCACCGACGACCACUGACAUCUCCUCAUUUUGGCUCUCCUCCCAUGGAACUGCCCUUUCCCAAACUUCCUCCAGUGAGAAGGAUGCUCCGUGACCUUCUAGCGCUCUGCAGGGUGGCUUCCGAGCCCAGCGAACACCAUUGCCCUUGUACCUGAACUUUGCGCGUCAGUGGCACAGUGCCCACCUGCGCACCUUGGCACAUCAAAGCUUCUAUAUAUAUAAAUAUGUGUGUAUAACAGAAAGCACUUUUAUUUUUUUAAGUUGUAAAUGAUGAAUGAAAGUGGACAGGAAUGAUACCGGUAUAACACUCUCUCACCACUUUAGUGCCGUAACUCUGUCGGCUUGGCAUGGUUACACCAUCUUGGCUAUGCACCUCUGACGCUUGUGCCACCACCCGCCCAUUCUGUGUCCUGUAUCUUACCCUCUGUGCCAGCUAUUCCAUUCCCAGCAGGUUGACAUGCAGACCCCUUAAGGAUUGCCCUUCUCUGCCAAUGAAUGCGUGGGCACAGCACAGAUACAAUUAUAUCACCCCAUAAGGGCACAAUGUCAGCCUUUAGCAGGGCCAGCUUUAGGGCAAGGAUAAAAGGGCUUCUACCGAGGGCCCCUCAGCCAGAAAAUGUACUUUUGGGGCAAAUGUUUCUGGGGCCCCUUUUGCCUAAUUCUGGCCCUGUAGCCUUUAAAAGACCAUUACUGUGUAUUAUAGCCCAGACCUAUCCCAUUCUUGUAAAUAACUGUACAUCAUCACAAUGAUAUAAUAAACACAUUGGUAUCUCUUG